CAGAGAUAUAUUAGCAUUGAGGAGGCCCUCGUUGCUUGUAAUCAACAGGUUCGUUCACAGUUAUAUCGCAUUACUCACUAGUGGAUCACUAGUAUCACUAUUCCACAUCGCUUUCUACUCAUCAAACACAAUGGCUGCUGCUGGAGGUCUUACUGGCGGUCACCCGCCCUCUGUUCGUUCCCGCAACAUUGCCAUCUUCAGUGUGAUCGGAAUGAUCGCCGGCGGUUGGAUGUUCUUCCGCGCCCAAUCGCCCAGCAAGGAGGAGAAGCUGUAUUCGCAAAAGGACAUCCAUACCAUGGUUGGCGGACAGACGGGAGAGAACAGAGUCGGUCGUGCACCGAGCCACCAGAAGAAGGAUUAAUUUUAAAGUGUGGAAUGGGUACGUUUGAUCAACAUGGUGUAUAAUAUCAAUAAAAUAAGCACGAUGGAGGCGUCUGGUGUUGGGAGCUGGGAUUGUAUGUAUAUCAACUGGUAUCUUGCUUUUGGCAAUCCGUAU